AGGGACUAGAGAAGGAGAGCGAGGAUUGCGACGUUGGCCAGGGACGAAUAGAACUCGAUUUUAUUAUUUUAAUCAGAGUAUGUAAAUUUGUGUGAGGAAUACAAUAAUGUGGAAUUAGAUUGUUUGUUGAAUUACUUCUAUAAAAUUAUCGUGGUUGAUACGGAACAUUUAACUAAAACGUUUGCCCAAACCUAGCCGAAAAACGACACCAGCCAUAUUGGGAGUAAUAGCUUGAAAUAUACGGAGGCGGCAACUUCCGUCCUCCGAAGACGCCAUUGAAGUAUACUUUAUUUUUAACUUGAUAUUGGAAACUACAUGCAGAAUUUGAGAACGAAGUUUCUCAGUUGAAAUAAGCUGCUUCCAUGUUCCAAAAAGGUUUAUCUUCGUUCAAUCAUUGGAUCCAGAAAGCAGAAUUAUAAAAUCAAUCAUGACUGCGACAUUCCUUCCAUCUCUGAAACAUAUGACCCUGGCUAAGAUCGCUAUUACAAUCUGCAAAGAACCAGAAAUUAGUUGCUCCAUUUAUGAAUUGGACUAUUUGUGGGAUAAAAAUAUUAGAGAAGGCAGAUGGAAAAGAUUAAUGGAAAAGGCAGAAGAGAAAGUAUCUAAGCUACACAUACCGCCUCGGCUACAACAAAACAUUUUAGCUGUAAUCAAGCCCAUAUCUCUGGAGAUGGCAAAGUUUAAGCACGAUCAUUUAUAUUUUCUUGGAAAUAGAUUUGAUUUCCAACGCUGCCGCUUGUUUUGGACACAUGAAGGUAUAUUAGACAGACAAAAGACAAUCCAGGUUCUAAUUCGAGACGAACAUAUUUGCAUCAUAAAUCGCUUUAUCUUGGCAAUUUGCUAUUUUCUAGAAACCGAUGCAAAAAAUAUGCUUAAACAUAUAGAUUUUUCAGAUUUUGAUUUAACUAAUGAACAAAUAUUUUGGAUUUCAUUUGCGCGUAAGUAUAGUAAUUGGUCUGAAAUUGCACUACAAUUUGGUUAUUAUCUUGUCUCAGAUCCAGCUCUGAAUUGCCACUUGAAUUCAUUUUAUUUGCGAUGUUUUUUAGAUAGAUUAACCCCAUAUAAUAAAAAGUUAUGUAUAGAAAACACUGUGAAGAAAACUUAUAGGGACCAUGACAAUUUUAGGUUUUGCAUUUCCCAGCUGAACGAAGAACAAAGAGAAUCAGUUUUCAAAGAGAAUCCCCUUCGUUUAUUGAGAUUCCUCUUGGAUUGGCCUUAUCAAAGUUUGUUCUCGGAAGCCGCAGAACAAAUGUGGAAGUAUCUUCGAGGAAGAGAAUUCAGAUAUUUGCUGUAUUUCAUUAUUUUCAAUCGCAUUGUUGCCGAUUGGUAUGACUUUGAUUAUGUUAAUCUACUGAAAGACUUUUGGCAACAAAGUCCGGAACAUUUGAAAGACUAUAUAGAAAGAGAUUCGAUUUAUGAACCAGUGCAAAUGGUGAUUGCCCAUGAUUGUACAAAACCUUUGCCGAUGAAGGAAAUAAUUCUAACAUCCUUUCAUGUUGCCCCACCAAAUGGCAGAAUUCCUGUUCGAGAGUGCGAUUUAUUUCCUAUACAUUAACUGUUGCUCAAGUGAUUUUUUUAAUUGCUAUAAUAAAUUUUUUGAUGUAUUGUAUAAUUUUUUCUUAUAAAUUUCUUUGCAUCAAUUAUAAUCCACGUCAGUACAGACUGGAAAUAUGAAGUAUACCAUAAGCUGACGAAUCAUUUCUAGAUGGUGUAGUUGAUAUUUUAUUAAUCAAUCGAGCUCUAAUAUUUUAAGAGUGGAUACAAAUGCAGCUUUUUUUUUUUUAGUUAAUGAACUAGGUAAUGCAUUUCUGACGUUAUAUGCAUAAUUUUAUGCAAAUUGUUUGAUAAACAAAAAUUGAUGUUUGCUUCAUACUUCUUUUUAAGAGAAAAGAGUCACUUUUUUUUUACAAUUUUUAAAAACCAGUUAAUUGAUAUGUUUUUACUUCAAAGAUUUUUAUCAAUAUUUUUUAUGCAGAAAUUCGCAAAUAUAACUAUUUUAGAAUAUUUAGAAUGUAGUCAUAGAAGUGAAUGUCAUACUGUACUUAAGAAAUUAUCAAGCAAUCGAACAAAUUUUAUGGAAUAUCUGCUAAAUUUAAUCAUUUGAAAUGAGUCUAAAAUGUUAUUAAAUUAUAGAAAAAAGUUUGAUGUGCGACACGAACGAGAACAAUCUUGCCACUCCCAUUUUCAGAUCAUCUGCUUAAACGAAGCCCGAUAAAAAUAAAAAAAAGAACUCUUGUAUCUCCCUGUCACCUGCAAACAUGUAUUGUUAAACUUAAACGUACUAGGUCUCUUAGUUUCAUCUAUAUGCGAUUUUCUUUAUAAAAAUAAAAAAUUAGAGAUUUAGAAAUUAGAGGUUUUUUUUUUUUUGGUCGUUUACAAUUUCCGUCAAGCUAAGGCUUCUAAAACAAUGAAAUUUAAUGUACUCCUAUUUUUUUUAAAUGUAUUUGUUAAUUUAUGUUUUAAGCAGAAAUAUGCAUUUAAUCAAUUCUAUAUUGAUUGAUGACUUUUGAAGUAUUGAUCAUUUGUAGGUUUUUUCUUAAUAUAUUCAUUAAUCAAGCAUAAUAC